AUGUCCAGCCCAGAUCAAAAGCGUCUAUGGCAUACGGAACAUCAGAUCUACGAUAAAUAUCUCACCCAGCCUCCCUACAGCAAUAAACUAGGCCAGCAUUUUUUUGACGUGCUAGCGAAGCGGCUUGACGAAUUCCCUACCACCGAGUGGACUACUAUCAACCUUUUCAACUUUAUAAGAUAUACUAUACCUGAGUGUGCCGUUAACACCAUGUUUGGACCUCGAAUGCUUGAACUUAACCCAGGCCUUGUUGAUGCUCUCUGGGACGUAGAUGCCAACCUUGGGAAGUUAGUCUGGGGUUUACCUAGCUUUAUUACCCCUCGGCCGUAUAAGAUGCGAGAUAAACUGCGUGCCAUGAUGGCGAAGUACCUUAACGCUGCAUGGGCUAAUUUUGACUGGAAUGGGCCUGAUGCAGAUUCAGACUGGGACGUUCACUUCGGUGCACGAGUUUCUCGGGAGAUAGCAAUAUGGAUGAAAGAAAACGACCUCUCGAUCGAAACUGCCUCCGGCCACACCAUGGCGAGGUUGUUUGGAAUCAAUGGAAACAGUGUCCCGUCGGUGACGUGGGCCAUAAUGGAAUCUCUGCAGAGACCUGGGCUUCUACAAGAUUUACAAGUCGAAGCUCAAAAAGCCAUUACGGUUGACGCAAAUACCGGAGAACGCCACAUUAAUACGCAAAAGCUUCUCGCAUCACCAUUAUUCCAGGCCAUCUUCCAAGAGACCUUACGCAUGCACACAUCAUUUAUGCUAACACGAGAGGCUCGGGAACCUAUUUCCAUUGGUGGCUAUCGUAUAGAAAAGGGGUCGCUAAUACAGGCUCCCACGGACGUAGCUCACUAUGAAGAGGCUGUUUGGGCUAUCAACGGCCACCCAGCGUCAGAGUUCUGGCCGGGGAGGCAUAUUCGGCUAGUGGAAGGGAAAGAUGAAUCCGGAAACCCUACCAUGCAGCCAGAAUUCUUCGCAAAGGCUCGUCCUAGUUCAUUCUUUCCAUUCGGAGGAGGUAAUGUGGUCUGCCCUGGGCGGCACUUUGCGAGGCAACAAAUCAUCAUGGGCCUGGCUAUCAUAGUGUCUAAAUUCGAUAUAGAAUUCAUCGAGUGGACAACUUUGGACGGCAAGAAGUCUGACCGGCCACCAAGAAACAGUAAAGACUUCGCCGGCACGGUAUCAACGCCCCCGGACCGGGAUAUGAAGAUUCGGUGGAAGAGGCGUUGGUAG